GAAGCUAGUCAAUCGGAAGGACUAUACUGCGCAAGCGCAGAGCAAACGGUCGCGCGGAGGAUUUGAGUUUUGUUUGAAUGGCCGUCGACGAAGCAGAGCCCAGUGUUUUUAAGAGUUAGCAAUGUAGCAAUGGCAGCACAGCAAAACCUAGCGGGGCCGUCGGAUUCAGACACAUCGUCUGUGAGCGACCAGUCUGUAUCCAGCCGGAGCGUGAACAGAAGUCUGAGAGUCGCAGAAAAAGAGAGGAGAAAGAAUAAGGCGGGGGAUCCAUAUGUCGUGGCCUUGAAGUACUUCUCUGACGUUGAAGCAGGCACUCCUGUGUAUGGGAACGAUGAGGUGGAGAAGAACAUGGUGCUGGUGGAGAAGGUGGCCUACAGUAAAGGACUUUCCCCAGAGGCCAUCUCUGUUAUGCUGGAGUUUGGCAUGAGCCUCCGUAUGGGGACUUCUCUCUGUGCCCGGGUGCUGAAGUGUCUGAUUCCUGCCUCUGUGGUGCCACAGGAGGCUGUUGUUCGAGCAGUAGUUUGGCUGGGUGUUGGCAAACUACCGAUCAGCACACAAGUUCUUUUCAUAAAGUGGGUGUUGACCAUAUUUGACCUGAUUGAUGCAAAAGACCAACUUCGAGCUAUCUACGGCUUCAUCUUCAGUUUUGUCACGGAGGAAAAUCUGUGUCCCUUCAUCUGCCAUCUGUUGUACCUUUUAACCAGAAAGGAAAGUGUGCGAGUCUUCAGGGUCAGGAAGCUACUGGAGUUACAGUCUAAACUGGGAAGGCAGCCGUUCCUCCUGCACCUAUUGUCACUUUACAAAGUGUUUUGUCCUGAACUGGUGACACUCUCUAUUCCAUCACGGAUGAAGAGUGGCUUCAGGAACCACAAUUCCACUUGGAAAUCAGCAUUGAUUGGUGUCCAGAAAAGGAACGGUUCCCAGGUUGCCCUCAGCAACAAUCCGGCCUUCACGAUUAAAGAUAAGACCAACUCCAGGAAACGGAAACACUACCACCUGGAAUUGCCAGCGUUGAGUUCUGUAGUGAAUAAAGAGGCUCAAACUGAGCCGUCCUCCAGCAGAAAGUUGCUCCCCUUAGUGCAGCUCCACUCCUUUGCUCAGCUGCUGGAAAAUAUGCACCGUAUAGAGCUGCCCGCUCAGAUGGGCUCACUGCUGGGAUCCAGCCUGCCACUGCAGUACCUGGACUUUGUACAGGAUGAGUCUGCACUCCUACGCCUCAACUUCUGGCUUGGAUACGCUCUUCACGAAGAAUUUCUCUUCUGUGGUGACGGAGGUGCCUUGCAGACAUCAGAAGAAGCUCUGCAGUUUUUGAAUAAGUUGCUGUCCACGCAGCACUUUCUCCAGGAGGGGUUUUCCAGUUCAGAGGCUUUUCUCUACAAAUUCCUCGCCGUUUGGGACGGUUCCCUCCUCCGCCCACAAAUCCUCGGCCUGCUGAGCAACGUUCCCGUUGUCCCCAGCUCCCAAAUUGGACGGCUUCUGUUCGAGCCCCUCAUGCAGCUCUUCUUCACAUCCUCAAUGUUUUUCAAGUGUGGACUGAUGGAGUGCCUAAACAAUAUGCUGUUAAAGUGGCUGACCUGGCACUCAGUGUAUGCUCUGGAGGACGACUUGGACAUCAGCCUCAACAGCCACACCUCGAUAAACAUGACUCUGUCGGGGUUCAAGGAUUCGGUGAUGGAGCUGGUUGACUUUGCGGGUCGGCUUUCUUCUGUGGGCCUUCAGCUUGAAGGCUGUCACUCUCUCUUCCUCAGCUUCGUCCUGGACUUCUACGAGACGGUGUGUGACAUGUUUCUCAAGUAUGGACUCCCCCUCGUUGUGAUGCCUCCGCCUGGAGUUUUUUACCCAGCCAUGUGUGCCACCGACCCUGUUAGUGUGGACAGACUGGCCUACAUCAUGUACAGGUACAAGGUGAACCUGACAUCAGCCAAGAGUCAAGAAAAGCUCACAGAGCAGGCCUUCCACAUCAGCCGCGAGACGUUCCGUGAGUUUAACCACUAUAUAGUCGUCAUGGUCAACUGCCUGUGGAACUCCAAAAUGUUUCAACCUGGCAUGGGUGUACAGCUGGGAGAGGAGCUGCUUCUCAAGAGCAACGUACCACAAUACUGGACGAGCUUCGACCUCAUCCACCACCCCGCCUUCAUGAGCUACGCCGUCGACUUUCACCAGAAGUGUUGGCCAGGAACAAAGGACAUGGACCUCAAUUCCAUAAAGCAUUCCAAGCCAUGGAGCUGGUACCUGGAGUAUUUGUUCACCCAGGGUUAUGACGGCCUUAAACAGUUUGUUCAGAGCAACAUCAGCUGGCAGCUGACAGCAGGCGACGGGCGGGGUGACAGCCGGUCCACGCAGCAGACAUAGACGCUUAACUCAGUGGAGAGGAGAAGCAACUAACCCUAACUUUUUUUUUUAAAAGACUUGUACAUAUUUCAUCUCCUCAUCUCGUUCAAGGGAGAUACUUGCGAGUGGUUUGAGUGUCUUUUUAUGUACAUAGAUUGAUGUUUAUUGUGUAUUCUUAUAGUAUUGUCCACUCGACGAUAAUAGACCAUAAUGCCCUGCCAGCCAUUUGCUGGAAGCGGUGUCAGUCGUAGGUUCAAAUUCAGUGAAUAGAUGUUCAACAUGAAAGAUGCCAUGCUUGUUGCAAAAAACAAAGACAAAAAAAUCUUUCAUUGUAACUAAUCUUUUACAAACCAGAAAUAACUUUACAGCCUAUGAUCCACAGAAAUGUUGACAACAUGCUGAAGAAUAGGAUCCACAAUCGAUUAUUCUUUGUCAGUACUUGUCAGUCAGUCGACAUACUGGUCUUGAACCACCUACGACAUUGAAAAUGUCUUCUUUUUUUUUAGCUUACCGUUUAUGUUUUUGUGUUUUAUAUAUCCUUGUACAGCUUGCCAUCUGCAAAACCUGACUUUUGCACAAUGUUGAAAAUAAAUAAGUGUCAAACUUUUACUUUAGAAGCAAAUAAAAUCAAUCGGUUGUGUCUUAA